AUGGCUUUUCUUGCCUUUAUGCUUCUUAUUCUACCUUUAUUAGCUAUGUCAAUAGAGAGCACGAACAUGAGCAACAUCGCCAAGCCUGGCUGCCAAAUGAAAUGUGGGAACUUGACUGUUCCUUACCCGUUCGGUAUCGGUAUAGAUGCUGGUUGCUCUAUACACUUUAUAUUCGACAUCAUUUGUGAUACCUCAUCCGAUCCUCCUAUCGCCUAUCUUAACACUGGAGCCUCGAAUGUGCUCAACAUACCAACUAGAGCCGCAGAGGUCAUCAACAUAUCAACUAGCCAAAUACGGGUAAGAAACACGUUAGCAAGUCAAUGCUAUGAACAAAAUGGGGAACUAGCCAGCCAAGAAAUUAUGUUUAUCAAUACAGGAGUGCCGUUUUUCAUGUUAUCUGAGAAAGAUAACAGGUUGACUCUCAUAGGCUGUGAUGACUUAGCUAUGGGUUUUGUUUUUUCAUUAAAUGACGGGCGAAAUUUUAGCACUGGGUGUAUGACUACGUGUUCAAGAGGUAAGGAUGUGAGCAAUAAUGGGACUUGUUCCGGGAUUGGUUGCUGUCAAGCAGUCAUCCCUAAGGGAUUGACUACCUUUUUGGGAUUGGUGAGUAGCCCGGAAAAUCACACUAAUGUCUGGUCCUUUAACCCUUGUGGCUAUGCCUUCCUUGGCGAUCACGAAAAGUUUACCUUUAGGGGUGUAUCAGACUUCACGGACCCGAACUUUGUGAGCAGAGUAGUGAAUGAUGUUCCUAUUGUGAUUGACUGGGCAAUUGGGAAUCAGAGUUGCAGCGAGGUUAGAAACUCCACUGCCUAUUCAUGCAAGGAACAUAGUCUAUGCGUUGAUUCUGAAAGUGGGCGUGGAGGUUAUCGAUGCAUUUGUGAGGAAGGAUAUGAGGGAAAUCCUUAUCUCAGUCCAGGCUGCCAAGAUAUCGAUGAGUGUGCAAAAAAUCCUUGUGAUGGAAUUUGCAAGAACAGUCCAGGAGGGUUUCAGUGUUCCUGUCCGAAGGGAUAUUUUGGCGAUGGCCAGAAGGGACGUGGUUGCCAGAAGGAGCAUGAUUUCCCCAUCUUGAAGUUAUCUCUUGGUUUAGGUCUUGGAUUGUUGUCACUACUGGUUAGUGUCACUUGGAUAUAUUUCAGUAUAAAAAGGAGAAAAAUUCUGAAAUUACGGGAGAAGUUCUUCCAGCAAAAUGGUGGUAUGCUAUUAAAACAGCAGAUGUCGUCCAAUUUAAAUAAAGUGUUUACAACUGAAGAGCUUAAAAAAGCCACCAACAACUUUGCAAAAGAUCGCAUCCUUGGAGCAGGUGCAAAUGGUGUAGUUUACAAAGGGGUUCUACCAGAUCAGCGCAUAGUUGCAAUCAAGAAGUCAAAAAAACUCGAGCAAAACCAAGUAGAAGAGUUUAUAAAUGAGGUUGUAAUACUGACUCAAAUUAACCACAAGAAUGUGGUGAAACUAUUGGGAUGUUGCUUAGAGGCUGAAGUUCCUUUAUUGGUCUACGAAUACAUAUCCCAUGGUACACUUCACCGCCAUAUACACACCAAUAAUGGAGAAAUGCCUUGGCUUUCUUUCCAAAAUCGGUUAAGAAUUGCUGUUGAAUCUGCUGAUGCCUUUAGUUAUCUCCACAAUACAACUACUAUACCUAUUCUACAUAGAGACAUCAAAUCAGCAAAUAUACUACUAGAUGACUACUACACAGCAAAGAUUGCUGAUUUUGGGGCUUCGAGGUUAAGACCUUUCGACCAGGCUGAUAUGAGUUCACUUAUACCAGGAACAUUGGGUUAUCUAGACCCUGAAUGCAUACAAAUGGGACUGUCAGAUAAGAGUGACGUCUAUAGUUUUGGUGUAGUACUCGCAGAGUUGUUAACUGGAAGAGAAGCUAUCGAUCUCACUUUGCCCAACAGAGAGAAGAGCUUAGCCGCACAUUUCAAAGCUUCCGUGAAGGAGAAUCGCUUAUUUCAGAUUCUCCAUCAUCGGGUUUUGAAAGAAGGCUCUUUGGAUCAGCUUAAUGCCAUCGGUGAGCUUGUGGUUAGAUGCCUUGACACAAAAGGAGAAGAAAGACCUACCAUGAGAGAAGUGGCGAAUGAAUUGGAAGGAUUCACUCAAUAUAAUACCCGUUGUUGGGCUCAUCAUGACCAGGAAAACGAUCAACUACAAAUGGGAGAAAUGAUCAGUGAACAGAAGGAUCUUUAUAUUGUGGUAAUGCACACUUCCACCAAUUGUGAUACAUCAUCAAGUGUUCAUCAAGCCCUGGAUUAGCGUGAAACGUGAAGAA